AUGGUAGCAGUUCAGAAGAUCGGCGUCUUGUCGCUGGGUGAGAUGGGAGCAGGCAUCGCCAGGUUGCUGGUUGCUCAUGACUUCACUGUGGCUACAAAUUGUCAAGGCAGAAGUGAAGAUACUCUUAGCCGAGCACGCAAUGCUGGUGUCGAGCUCCUCACCUCAGACCAAGAGCUGGUCCAGAAAUGCUCAGUUGUCUUCUCAGUCGUCCCCCCUCGUGAUGCCGAAGCCACUGCCCAGAGGGUCAUCGACGCUCUAUCGGGCGGCUCGAGGGCAAACCGGCUGUUCUACGCCGACCUCAACGCCGUCUCCCCCGCCACGACCAAGCGCAUCGCCGCCAUGUUCGAGAAGGCCAGGGCGCCCGUCCGUUUCAUCGACGGCUGCAUCCUCGGUGCGCCGCCGAGACUCAAAUCGGACGCCGACCCUGGCACAAAUGUAAGUAUGAGCGAUACCACCAGCAAGGAGUUCAACUGGGCUCGCCCCCGCAUCCCCAUCUCCGGCCCCCACUCGCUCGCGGAGGAGCUCGAGGGCGGGGAGCGGCUCGCGUCCGUCCUCAAUCUCAGGUCCAUUUCGUCCGAGAUUGGUGCCGCGAGCGGGCUCAAGAUGUGCUUCGCGGCCAUGACCAAGGGGUUUACCGCGAUAGCCACCCAGAGCUUCUCCACGGCGCACCGCCUCGGAGUCGCCGGGGAGCUGAGGAAGGAGAUGGCGGCGCUGAUUCCGACUCACCUUGGGGAGGCGGAGAAGGGCGUUCCGUCCAUGGUGCCCAAGGCGUACCGUUGGGUGCGGGAGAUGGAGGAGAUUGCUGCGACGAUGAAUGAUGAGGGUGGCUGGGGCAGGGACAUAUUUACUGGCGCUGCCGGCGUGUACAAAGCCGUGGCCGAGGAUGAGGUUCUUAGUAAGGAGAAGACGGGGAAGAGGAACAGGGGAACAUCCAUAGAGGAUGUGGCAGCUGCCAUAGGAGAAGGCUUCGAGAGAAAGAGAAAGAAGACAGAGUAA